CUAGAGCGUGUCAUGUCACCGGCUGGUCCUCGAGAGAAGGCAGAGAGCUGGUGCGAUGGUGACGCGAAUGCCUUCGAGCGACGUGCUCGGCUCUUGAUCGCUGCCGAGGGCGGAACGAGCAAAUUUCCAUCGGAGCGAGCCGGAACGAAGCGCCCUUGCAAGCCGAUGCUCUUGCGAUACGACCCCAGGCUCGAGGGUCUCUGCUGUGUUGAUCUUCUUCUUCUUCUGCGUGUGGCCAUUUCGCUCUAUCUAUCUAUCUUUCGUGCCGGUGGCACUGGGUCGCCCUUCAGUUCGAGGCGAGCCGGCCGAGCGGGUCGCGAGCGAUGGCGGGGGCCUUGGACGCAUCGUUUGCGCACAUGAUGCAGCAGCACUCCAUCCGGAAUGUUGUUCUUGCCAAUCGUCUCGAGAAAUCGAAGAAAGAAGCGCUGAGUGCAGCUACGGAAGUGGCCGGCCUCUUGGUGGACAGUGUGAACGGAGGAGUUCAUGAAUCCUUCAUCAAUGAGAAAAGAAUUGAGAUGGAGGCUCGUGCUUUGGCUGCAACAGUACAACGGUUUACGCAAACGACGACGCAGUGGCUUACUGUCUUCCACAACUUCGAUUCAGCCUUGAAGGAAAUCGGCGAUUUUGAGAACUGGAUCAAGGUCAUGGAGUACGACUGCGAGAGUGUGGGAAAAGCCCUCAAUUACAUUACUCAGGGCAAGCGGAAGGAACCCAUCAAAUAAGGAAUCAUUUACAGUGGUUGCGAAGCGGUGUUUCUCUUCGGCGAUAGGACGCGGAUGUUUUUUUCGCGUGAAAUGGAGUGGCGCUUAUCGAGGCGAGGCUCCACUCCGGUUUUCCCGUUGCUGCCUACCACAUCUACGCGGCAUGUUGUCUGGCAUCCUCACUGGAUCUUUGACUGAAAUAGUCAGCUGCUCAUGCUUAUUGGUUAUGAGUCGUUAUGAUUUAUGAGCAGAGUUAGGGGCAUAGGUUUCUGCGUGCGCGAAGGAACAUAAAGGACAGUGUCGGUUGACGUGUGUGAAUAAUUAUCUUCGGAACGUAAAGUAUCGUGUAAAAAAGUAGUUGACUUUUUAUGUGAACGGACGUGAUCGACGUGUAAUUUUCUACUUCAUUUUUAAAAAUGCUCAUUAUACCA